UUUAUAUUUUGCAUUUUCCUCGUUUUACUCCUCUUGGACAUCUUCUUCCCCUAUCCAUCGCGAGGUUGGUUGGAUUUACAGGCGUAAAGUUAAUUGCCCUCUCCAGCGAAGGGACGAAGCGGUGAAACCCUAGAAAGAGCAGGUGAAGAUGUUGAGGGUUGCAGGGAGGAGACUCUCAUCUCUUUCAUGGCGGCCGAACCAGACCGCUUCGACGGUCCUCUGCAGGAAUUUGAUGGGCGGGGAUACCGCCUCGGAUGAUUCUAGACCGAUCUAUUCUCCUCAUGAUCCUUACUUUAGAUCGGCCUUUCGUGACGCGGUUAGAGGAUUUUCUUCUGAAUCGCUUGCUCCAAGACAUGAUCUUGGGAUGAUAUCUGACCUUCCGGCCACUGUAGCUGCUGUGAAGAACCCAUCCUCAAAGAUUACAUAUGAUGAUCACAACCAUGAGCGGUUCCCACCCGGUGACCCUAGCAAGCGGGCAUUUGCCUACUUUGUCUUGACAGGUGGGAGAUUUGUAUAUGCAUCUCUGAUCCGGCUUUUGAUUCUCAAGUUUGUGCUGAGUAUGUCUGCCAGCAAGGAUGUUCUAGCCCUUGCUUCCCUUGAGGUUGACCUCUCAAGCAUUGAACCGGGGACAACUGUGACUGUCAAGUGGCGUGGAAAGCCGGUGUUUAUCAGGCGUCGAACUGACGAUGAUAUCAAGCUGGCCAACAGUGUUGACUUGGGAUCUCUGAGGGAUCCUCAGGAGGAUGCAGCUAGGGUUAAGAACCCAGAAUGGCUCAUUGUCAUUGGUGUCUGUACUCAUUUGGGUUGCAUCCCUCUACCGAAUGCUGGGGACUUUGGUGGAUGGUUUUGCCCAUGCCAUGGAUCCCACUAUGACAUAUCUGGCAGGAUACGCAAGGGCCCUGCACCCUACAACUUGGAGGUACCCACUUACAGCUUCAUGGAAGAAAACAAGCUAAUGAUUGGUUGAGAAAUAAUGGAUUCUCUCUUAGGGUAACGUGGGAUAGUUGGAUCUGAGAUUUUUCUUUCUUUAAUGGGGAGCAUAUUUUCCGCAGGACAAUUUUCUUUUUUUGAUUUUUUUAUUUCUUUUAUCAUAAACCCAUG